CUAUCUAUAAGGCGGGUAUCUUACACAUUCCGCAUUCGUAGGAAAUAUCUCAGGCGUGAAACUUAUGUAGGAUUAUUGCAAAAUGCUUUUUACGUUUCUUUUUGCUGUUAGUUAUGUCUAUAUUGCUGGACCCGUGGUUUCAGGAGACGAGCAACAUUGCUCAAAGUAUCACUAGGAGGCUCAAGCCCUGGAAAAAGUAUCAGGACCGAGCCGAGAUCAGUUUGGAAACGGUGAAAAACAACAUUCAACAUAUGAAGGAAGCAAUGGAAAAGGACAAAAUGAAAACAGUCGAACAUGAAUCAGAACUUGAAGAAAAACUGGAACUAAUGCAGCAUACCAUUGAGAAAGUCAUGAUCAACAGUGCGGCGAUUACGGAUAUGGUAGCACGUACCAAGUCGAGAUGGAUGCGUUAUUAAGUUGAUUUUCUGUAAAUACAUUUACCUCCAUUUCAUUAGAAGAUGGUAUACGAAAAUGCACAACAGAAACGAACAUCAUUUAUAGAUCUGCUUAGUAUUGGAAAGGCAAGCAAACAUGUUAUUUGAGUUGGGAAACCCUCCAAACGAACCCUACAUCCCGCAGAGAAGACAAUCGGGACUAUGUUAUUUAUACAAGGGACUGCAGUUCAGACUUAAGAUAAUUUGGAAAGUCAUAUUAACUGUUUAGCUCUUUAUUAUUAUAUAAGUUAAAUGCUUACCUGAUAUUGAACUUUUUGAAACGGUUCAAUAAUGUGACGCACAAACACGCGCGCACGCACGCAUGCACACAGGAUACGUCUUUGUAUCAGCAUUUAAAGUGAUUAUAUAUCACAAUGUUAUAAAAACUAAGUCUGUGGUCAUUCCCUUUUCCGAAUGAAAAGACUUUUACUCAGAAUGUUUUAUUCAUUGACAAUAUGAAAGUCCAAGUGAAGACAAAACAAACAUGUAACUCAGCGUAAUCCUAUUCUUCCUAGCAACCCUAAUUGUCUUUAAGUAAACAAUAUUCUAACACAUCACUUGGUAAACUGUGAACAUUUUAGUAACUUUUUACAAGUGUCAAUACAAUUUAGAAAUUUAACGUACUUUUAGAAAAAAUGUUUCCAAUCACAGCUAAAAAU